AGUGCUGUUGACGGUUUUACCGGUUAACAUCUGUUUUAUUCUGCUCCGUAAAAAUCGAUCUUAAUUAGUGGUUUAAAGUGGACGUUUGGUGUUAAAACCAUUUUACCCUUUUAGCUUGUAGAACAAGCUUAGUAGUGGUACAAUCAAAAUAGUUUACAAGUAAUAAGUAAAAAUUGUUUAAAAACAUUAAAUAACUGCUGUGCUGUGUUCCUACGACGCGACGUGCUUGAGCCGCCGGCUGCGGUGAGUCAUCGUGCCUAGACCGGCGUCACAGAAUAAAAAUAAUAUUACCAAAUGAGGAUGAAUGCGCUGUUCUUGCUGACGGCGUUCGCUGCGGUGACGUCGGUGUCAGGAUACAACAUACUGUGUAUGAUGUUCCUUCCAUCUCGAAGCCAUCUACACUUGGCUAGAGGCAUAAUUAAUUCCCUUUUGGAAUCUGGGCAUCAGGUUACAUGGGUGACGUCAUAUCCAGAGGAAGCACCGCAUAAGAAUUUGAAGCAGAUCGAACUGAGUGAUGUUCGGGCUAUCUCCGCUGGUAAGUUAAUUCAACAACUUACCAAAAUCUAACCAAAACCAUUGCCAUUGGUUAAUAUUUAGUCAAUUUACGCCCUCCGUCCUAUCAAAAGGUGUACCUGUCAUCUUUUAUGGUGGGUACUCAAGUAUCACCUUGUGGAAUCGGCAUAAGGCAAUUCAUAGCUUCUUAAGAAAGCGUAGGUUCCGCAAGAGAUUAUCAGAGGUCCGGAAGAUCUCAUGGCUUUCGACGGAUGGCAGUAUAAUCGACAUUUAAAUCUUUUAUCUUUUUUUUUACAAAGAAAUUUUUUAUUUUAGACAUUACCUCAACACGAGGCUUUUCUCCUGUAUCGUGGGGGCAGUUUACAUACAUAAAUUUAACAAGGAACAAACAUCUCGACCCGGAAUAUAUUUUGUAGGCCAUCAAAUACUUGUUCCCUGCGGGAUUCGAACCCGUGGUUCUUAGCGCUGCAACCUAACCUAUAUAAACUUAGGUAUCAUCAUUUAUUUAAAUUGACUUCUUAUAUCUCAUUCUCAAAUCAACAAAGUAGAUAGACGGAGCACUUCGUACAUUACAAGUGACGCUGAAACCAAGCCAAAAUCAUGUUAAGGUUAACAUAUCUAGAAAGAUGUUAAAAAUUAAUUAGCCAAGAUCAGCGUGGCAACGGCAACUUGGCCGGCAACGCAUCUGCAAUUCCCCUGGUGUUGCAGUUGUGUUGUGCGGCGGUGGUACAAUACCAUUAGGAGAGCCGCAUGCUCGUUUGGCCCCUCUUAUAUAAAAAAACGUAAUGAAAUAAAAUGAUGUGUCCUACUGAUGUUUGAAGAUCACUCCCCACCCUCCCUUUAUUGCUUGUAUUAUCCCCGCCUAACACCUAACAUUCUACACACGAUACACAUCCUAACACCACUAUACUAGGAAAGACACACCACUGUCAAAAACACGACAGUUUUCGUUUAUAAUCGAGGUAUUUUGUUACGUUUAUUGUAGGAAUACGUACUCACUUAAUAACACAUAAUAUUAUUAUAUAAGAUUUGGUUUCCGAACGAAGAUAAGUGAAUGAGAUGAAUGAAUAUAUGAGCGAGAGGGAAUGGGAAGGAAGUUGAAUGGUGGAAAGACGAACGGGGAGCCUUGUGUAAGUUGUAAGACGAAUUGUGUUAAUUAAUUAUAGAAGUCAAAUUCGUUCAAGACAAUUUUAUUUACGUUGCCACAUGUAUUUAGAAUCAUUAACAAACAAAAACAUGAUUUUAUGUGUAUGUGUGCGGCCAGGAGUGUGCGUGAGUAAACAGCAGCGCCUCAUCUAUCUUCUGUGUUGGUCUGAGAACACACUUUAAAUGCAAUUACAGUUGCAGCCUAUUAAUGUCCACUGCUGAACAUAGGCCUCCCCAGGUUGCCUCUUAAGGUAAUAUUUGCCUGAAUAUUUGCCAUAGUUGCUAUGCUUGGCAAGCGGGAAGACGCUGCUGUCCAUUUCCUGAUUUUUUUCCUUCUGUUCAUGACCCACGGAAUGAUAUGGGGUUAUAGUCUGUUCGCUAAGAUAGUGUCGGUACAUCCGUAGGAGCACUUAUUAUUUUGUUUUUAUUAUAUUAUUAUUUUUACUGUAUUUGUUAAAUAAAUGUUUUCUGUUCUAUGAAUAAAAUAGAAUAGUAUUUUAUUAUUUACGGUUAUUCUAAUAAAAUACGAUACGAUAAUGAACACAAGUCAGAUAGCAAAGAACCUUUCACUACGGAUCGGCGAUUCGAGGUGCCAAGUUUUCCUACGGGUGUACACCGCACACGGUGACCUUUGACGUCGCGGCGGCGCUUUUGACAAGAUGCGGCACUUGCCAAGGCGACGCGACACAGAGGCGACUGUAUCUAAGUGAAUAGAUACUUAAUAAUAAUAAUAAUAAACAUUUUUGUUACUAAUUUGAUAAUUUAGUAUACAUGAAUUACCAUUGUAACCAUUCAAUAAUAUUCUACUUCUUCUUCACCUGUCUGUAAAUGUCACAUGACAUGGGUAUGGGUUGUAACUAUGGGAUAUGCCAGAAUGAUCUCAUGGCUUUCCACAGACGUACAAUACCCAGACCGGUGACGAGCAGCACACAUCGAACAUGGCAGUAACGUCACAAGUGCGAUAUACCGCAGUGUAUCAUCGCGUCGGUGUGGUAAGAACUGACAGAUAUACUGUCAGUAUAUCUGUCAGUUCAAUGUAUAACAACUAACUAGUUAUUUCGAAGACAGACACUUUAAUUUUAUUUAUAUGUAGACUAGCUGUUCCCCGCGACUUCGCCUGCGCGUCAUUUAUUACGAUUGGAUUUUAUGGGUUUUAAUUUUUUACGCGGAAGCCUAAUUCUUUUUUUUUAAAUAAAAGUAGCCUAAGUUACUUCUUAUAACAUCAGCUAUUCUGCAAGUGAAAGUCCGGUCAAAAUCUGUCCAGCCGUUUCGAAGAUUAGCCGGAACAAACAGACAGACAGACAGACAGAAAGACUGACAGACAAGAAUUUUAAAAAUCGUGUUUUUGUUAUAAGUACCGUAUAUAUUUCCAUAUGUAUGUAGUAAAAAGCUUUUAUUUCUAAGUUACCAACAGACACUUCAAUUUUAUUUAUUUGUAUAGAUUAAAAAAUGAAACUUCACUUUAGCUUUAGAAACUGCAAGUAUGGAAAUGAAUAUAUCUCAGAUUCGGCAAUUUACAAAGAAUAUCUCUGAUAUGGCGGCUAGUUCCCCGUUAGUGCGAGAAGCCCUUGUGAAGGAGAACUAUGACGCAGUCGUAACUGAAUGGUUCUUGUCGGAUGUAGAGGCCGGGUAUGCGGCAGUUCAACAAGCACCCUGGAUUGUGUUAAACACUGUGGUGAUGCAUCCAUAUAUGGAGUACCUUGUGGACUCGGUACGAUCCCUGCCGGUCGUACCGUUUAUGCACUACGACUUCCCCAUACCAAUGAGCUUUCGGGAACGACUGGUCAAUACUUUCACCUUCGGUCUGAUGAUGAUUGACAAUUGGCUACAAUAUGCAAGUGCUUCGUCCCGUUACGAGCAGCAUUUCUCACCGAUCGCCGCCGCCAGGGGAGUGUCGCUGCCUCCGUUCUCCGAGGCAAUACACAAUAUCUCCAUAUUGUUUGUGAAUUCUCACCCCUCGUUCUCGAAUGCCUUGAGUCUGCCCCCCAACGUGAUAGAGAUUGCUGGCUACCACAUCGACGAGAAUACAUCACCAUUGCCUAAAGAUCUUCAAGAGAUUCUAGAUUCUUCACCAAAAGGCGUGAUCUACUUCAGCAUGGGAUCCAUUAUCAAGUCCACUGGACUUCCCGAGAAGACUAAGCGUGACUUAAUAGAUAUUUUUGGCGAGCUUCCCUACACAGUACUCUGGAAGUUUGAGGAGAAAAUGGAGGGACUUCCUAAGAACGUACACAUUAGGUCUUGGAUGCCACAAGCCAGUAUAUUAGCGCAUCCUAACGUGAAGGUGUUCAUAACCCACGGCGGUCUACUCAGUAUGCUGGAGUCUCUACGCUACGGGGUUCCAAUAAUCGCAAUCCCGGUCUCCAGCGACCAGCCCGGCAACGCGGAUCGCUCCGUGCGAGCUGGUCAUGCGCUGAAGGUUAAGUUCUCUCCCGACAUGGCUCCUAAAAUCAAGACGGCUCUCAACGAAAUGCUUUCUAAUGACAGUUACUACAAGAAGGCCAAGUCGAUAUCGAAGUUAUUCAACAACCGGCCGGUGAAGCAGAGUAAGCUCAUCUCGCAUUACGUUGAGCUGGCCAUCGAGAGUAAAGGAGCUUACCAUCUGCGUUCCAAGUCUCUUCUUUACAAGUGGUAUGAACUGUGGAUGUUAGACCAAAUUGCUGCUGUCCUAGCUGUCUUGUCCAUGUUCUACAUAAUAGUAAAGAAAAUCAUUAGUACAAUUACAAGGAAACCAGCGAAAGAAAAUAUUGUAAAGAAGAAUAAAUAACCAACAAAUGGAUUUUUUUUAUAAAUAUUUACGCAAACUGUACACAACUGAUUGAUAAAAUUUUAC